UCAGCCUGGAAUGGUCGUAAAAAAUGCGGGUGUAAUACAACCAAAAAAGAAAAUAAAAAACAAAUUAUGAAUUGUGACUUAGGACAAUUUUGGAAUAAUUGUUAAAAAAGUAAUAAAGGAAAGUGUUUUGAGUUUGAAAUCCAUUUUGAAAAUAAAGAUCGGUGGGAGAAGACAGUUUCACAAAAUAGAAAGUGAAAGGAAUAAGAAAGAAGAGAAGCGAUAUAAUAAACUAAAAUGGCGGCUAUCAUUGACUUACUGUGGCAAGGAUACAAACGCGUAUUCCAAGAAUUACCUGAUCCCAGGACUAGAGACUGGUUCCUAAUUGCCAAACCUUAUCAAACUCUAGCAAUACUUGGCCUAUAUUUGAUGUUCGUCUUAGAAUGGGGACCUAAGUUUAUGAAGAACCGUCAACCAUACAACUUGGAUAAAAUUCUAAUUGUGUACAACUCAUUUCAAGUUGUAGCUUGUGCGUACGUUUUUAUUAGGGCAUUGCAGGUGGCAUGGCUAUGGGACUACAAGUGGAUUUGUGAACCGGUUGACUUCUCGAACUCUCCACAAGGCUUGGAAAUAGCAAGAAUUUGUUAUUACUAUUUUUCACUAAAAAUCAUUGAUCUGCUUGAUACAGUAUUUUUCGUGCUUCGCAAGAAAAACAACCAAGUAUCCUUCCUUCAUAUAUACCACCACACUGGCAUGUGUAUGCUCAUAUGGGGUGCAGUCACCUAUUUACCAGGCGGCCAUGGAACAUUAAUUGGCGUGAUAAAUUCCUUCGUUCACGUCGUGAUGUAUGCCUACUACUUACUGUCAGUCGUCAUGCCCAGCGUCAAGAACUCUCUUCGUGUUAAGAAACACGUCACUCAAUUGCAAAUUUUGCAAUUCUUCUGGUGUGUAGUCCACAUGGCGAUAAUAGUCUUCAAGAGCGACUGCGCCUACCCCAGAUGGACGAGCGCAAUGUUCUUGCCACAAAACUUGUUCAUGCUUGUCCUCUUCGUCGAUUUCUAUAUCAAAACCUACAUAAUUAAACCAAGGCAACAAAAGAAAGCACAACUGGAAACUGCCGCCAUAGUCGAUCAAAAUAACAACGAUCUUCCUAAAAAUGGUAAUUUAAAAGCCGCAAAUAGCUUAAAAAAUGGUAAAGAAAUAAGUAAUGAGAAAACUUAUGUGAAAAAUGAUUUGAAUAAGGCAGUAAAUGGCAAUGGAACAUCUUAUAAUGGAUUCACUGGGAACGUUAACAUCUUCGAGAAUGGAAACGAAAAAUCCAAUUGUGGCAAUUGUAGGGCGAAUUGCCACAAGCAUUUUAAAGGAGAGUGAUUAAUUAAUAAUGAUCGAUUCACUAUUUCUAAUAAAGUUUAAUUUAGUAAUUUAAGUUCUCAGUUUAAUAA